AUGAAGUCCUUGGUGCUGGCCACCCUUGCAAUCGGCCAAGCAUAUGCUGCCAGCGUGGCCCACGUCCACUCUGCCUUGCACAGCCAUGCACGCAAGCACGACCACGUCCAGGCCGAGAAACGUGCCACAGCUUUGACCGACGUGGAUGCUAGCAAGCUUACCUCCCUGGGCGUUGCUGCCCUUGGUGUCAACUCGGCGGUCGCCAACGGCCACGCCUGGUUGGGCGCUGAUGGUGCUUACAAGAACGAAUUCGUCAACGAAUCUGGUGAAGACUUGAUCAUCGUCAUCUGGGGUGUUGCCGGCUCCUGGAUCAAUGCCGUCCAACCCUCGAUCACUGCCUCUAUUCCUGCUGGAGGGUCUCUCUGGGUCUCCUUUGCAGACGGAGCCUCAGGUGCCUGGACUGCCAUCUACCCUGACACCCAACUGGUCAAUGGCCAGGCCUCCAACACCUGGGGUGAAUUCACUUUCGGACAAUGGGGUGUUGUUGAUGUCUCACGAGAGGUCAACAUGAGCGGUCACUCCAUGAGCAUUGUCGGCCCCUCGUGCGUCAGCGACAUGAACACCUGCGUCUUCCAAUGCGCCUCCGGAAAUGUUUGCACCACCGGCUACGUCCUAGUUAACUGCGAGAACGGAUCGCAGCCCGGAGCAAACUAUGGCACCUACGACGGUGCGCCUUCCGGCGGUUGUGGCGGCAUGGGCUCCAGUGCCACACUCAAGACGACCCUGGCCUAA